UAUUCAAUAGAUUGACUGCCAAUGGUUCAGAAAACUCAAUUUUUCUUGGAAAAUUUGCCAGAAAAUCGUGAAAAAAUACGAAAAAUCUGAGAUUUUUCUAUGAAUCACAAAUCUUUCCGAAUCUAUGAAAUCAGUAAAGUGAAUUGCCCCUUGGAAAAAAUGUCAGCUGUUUUUGUUGCAAAAAAUUGUGGAAAAUUUGCAAUUGCGCGCGAGGAAUUCUGGUGAAAAAAAGGUGCCUACGUUGAAAAGGAUGGCGUGGUACACGGUGUCCGUGUGCAAAUGGACAUAUUUGGCUGUGUUUUUGGGGAAUUUUGCUGGGCUGUGCAUGGGGGGCGCUACCGACAUUGCCCUUGAUGCAAAAGCAACGCAAAAUCACAGAAUAGACAGCCUCAAUCUUCUCCUGUACACCUUCCUGCUGACCCUUACAGUUUUAACCAUCUGGCUGUUUAAACAUCGUCGUGUAAGCUGGCUCCACGAGACAGGACUCGCCGUCAUCUACGGGUUGAUUGUUGGAGCUAUCAUUCGCUAUGCCAGCACUACGACGUCCCUGGUGCAUGUGAAUGUGGAGCCAGAGGUGAAUACCAUGUACAAUGAAUCCCUCCCACCGGAUACGCUGUGGCUCAAAUUCCCCGGGAGGCUCAAUCAAUCAAAUCCAGAUGGUAAGAGUUUGCCAAACAAAACGUACGCCUAUACGUUCAGGGGGGCAGUUCAAGCGGAAGAGAAUGAGAUUGAUCUCAAGGCUACAUUCGAUCCAGAGAUUUUCUUCAAUAUUAUCCUCCCACCGAUUAUUUUUCAUGCCGGCUACAGCCUCAAAAGGAAAUACUUUUUCCGCAAUUUGGGAGCUAUUCUAACAUUCGCCAUCAUUGGGACAACCCUAUCGGCAUUCCUGAUUGGUGCUCUCAUGUACGGCUGUGUCCAACUAAUGCCGGAAAGGCUCCGUGCGAGCUUUGGUUUCCUCGACACACUAUACUUUGGGGCCCUUAUCAGUCCCACGGAUCCCCUGACAAUCCUUGCCAUCUUCCACGACAUGCAUGUGGACGUUAAUCUGUAUGCUCUAGUUUUCGGGGAGAGUGUCCUCAAUGAUGCCGUUGCCAUCGUCCUUAGCGGAGCGAUUCAGAACUACGGAGAGCAUUACUCAAGCACCGGUGGCUUUGAAACAGAUGCCUUCUUUAGAUCUCUCGGAGAUUUCUUCAGUAUCUUCAUGCUCUCUCUUCUGAUUGGCGCCUCAAUGGGGUGCUUUACAGCAUUGUUGACCAAAUUUACCCGUGUUCGAGAUUUUCCACUCUUGGAAUCGGCUCUCUUUGUUCUCAUGUCCUACAGUACGUUCCUCAUAGCGGAAGCUGCAGAGCUAACAGGUGUUGUUGCAGUUCUCUUCUGUGGCAUCUGUCAGGCUCACUAUACGUACAAUAAUUUAUCUGAGGAUUCAAGGAUACGAACUAAACAGAUUUUCGAGUUACUCAAUUUCCUCGCGGAGAAUUUCAUUUUCUCCUACAUUGGGGUAUCAAUGUUUACCUUCCCAAAGCAUCAUUUCGAUCCGUGGUUCAUCAUGAGUGGAUUUAUUUGUGCAGCAAUCGGUAGAGCUGUCAACAUCUAUCCAUUGUCCUUCUUGCUGAAUUUGGGUCGAAAGCCCAAAAUUGCCAUGAAUUUCCAGCAUAUGCUCUUCUUUGCUGGCCUUCGUGGAGCCAUGUCAUUUGCUCUGGCCAUCAGGAAUACCGUGUCAGAUGCAAGACAAGCCAUGUUGACCACCACGUCGCUCAUUGUAAUUGCCACGGUGAUUAUUCAAGGGGGUGCAUCGAAUUUCCUCCUCACAUGGCUGAAGAUUCCAUUUGGUGUGGAUGAUGAAACAGAGGCCCUCACCUAUCAGGGCGUAAGAAGCGAGACGGAAAGUGCAGGAGAUGCUGAAGGUGGUGGUGGAGGUGCUAUUGCUGGUACAAGUGCCACAGAUCACGGGAAGAAGAGUCAUGAGAAGGCAUUUUUAGCACGAAUUUGGGGCAAUUUUGAUACAAGGUACAUGAAGCCCCUCCUGACACAUUCGAGGCCAACACUGCUGGAGACCCUUCCCGUCUGUUGUGGACCCGUGGCGAGACUUCUCACAACCACCGAGCAAUUGACUCAGAAUGGCGUAACACGUCGUGCAGAUUCUGAUUCUGAUCUCUGCAUUGAGGAAGAUUCAAAUUAUCGCGGUCCAGGCGGAAGUGAUCCGCCAGCUAGACGAAAUUCAAUAAGUCGCGUAAGUAUUCGGCUCGUAUCUGAUGAGAGAAACUCAUUUCUAGCCAGUUACAAGACGAGAGAUUGAGUGGUGGAAUUGCAAUUGCUGGAGCCUAAUCAGAUGCAUCCAAUUAACCAUCUACACUUUUAGUCUAUCUGUGUGUAAUUUUCUUUCUACAUUUAUUCUAUGGAACAAAAUUAACUUUAUUUAAUUUUAGUGAAUUCACACUGGGAAAUUAAUUUUCUUAAUUUACAAAAAGAAGACACCUCGCAAUAAUUUAUUAUACUUUGUGUUUUUCUCUUUACUAUUUUUUGCAUGCCUUGCGACUCUUUAUUGCCAACGCCUUAUAAAUGGAAGAAUCCUAAUCAGACUAUUAAUGAAUUUCACUUCUUUAUGUGAAGAAAAUGCAAGAUGAUAAAAAAAAAACAAAUGAGUAUUCUUUCUUUUUAGUGAUCACUGACACCUUAUUAACAAAAAGUAACUUAUAUAGGUACUUAAUUAUACUAUUUAGUUUGCUAUGAAUUAACAUUUUUCUCUAUAUUAGUUUAACUUUGAAGCGCUUGCCCGGGGCUCCGGUUUUUGGGGCCGUGGAUCAAACUCAAUCAACCUAACCUCACAAUUCACUCCUGGUUUUCUUUCUUCUCAAAAUAACUCUCUCCACAAGUCCCUUCACUUUCUCCUCCUUCAAUCACUCCUACAAUUCACACUCUUCGCCUUCAAACCUUUUCCAACUCCUUUUUUCACUCCGAAUUCUCAAUUUUUCUCACCUCCAAUUCUUCACACGUGCAAUCCCACUCCUUAUCCACAUUCCAAUCCCCUCCUCUUCUUCUUCUUUUUCCCACCUAGAUCCUUCUCCUCGAUUUUCAAAUUCCCUUCGACCGUUAACGGUUUUCUUUUCUUUCCUUUCAUCAUCUCACCCACCACCCUCAACGCAUUUUAACAACCCCCUAUAAGUUGUUACAACUUGUGCAUCCAGGGACCAGUAUUUUUGUGUGGUGAUUUAAAAUGCCAUUUAGACUUUUAUUUUGUGGUAUUAUUUUAUUUUUAAUUUUUUAAUUUAAUAUAUUUUUUAGAUGCGACGACAACAACAAUCAUCAGCAUAAAUGAUUUUUCUUUCUUUUGAUUUUUUUUUAGUUUGUUGUACUCUUUUAGGGAUUUUUUUUUCGUUAAAUCUUUUUCUUGUUUUCUUAUUUUAUUUAAUAAUGAUUAAAAUUUCCUUUAAUGAUUUUCUUUUUUUAUUUACUAGAUAAAAAAAGAUAUAAACUUUUUUUUUUUAAAUAUUAAGGACAAAGUAUGAAUCUUUAAAAAAAUCACUAGUCAGAUGGUUUGUGAGGGAUAUUUUUUGCAAUUGUUUUUUUAUGUUGAUAAGAAUGUAAAAAGAAAAUAAAAAAAGUAUUGAAGAAGAAAUGAUCAUAUUAUAUUCCCAGUUUAUAUCAACUCGGUGUUUACGAUUUAAUGAAGAAAAUAAAUUAAACUAUGUAUAAUUUAUUUGCAACUUCUAGCUUUAGUUAGCUAACAAAACAAAAGGAUAAUGAAUUGAUAAAAAAAAUGUCAGUGAGACAGAAAAUCAAAUGUGAUAAGAAAAGAGUUUCUUUUAAAAUUUUUAAUUGUAAUUACAUUAUCAAUUUGCAUAUAGUGGGAAUAAUUAUAAUUUAAUUGCAAAGUCAAAAAGGUAUGUAAUAAAAAAAAAACAAUAAUAAUGUUUUGAUGAUUUAAACUGAGGCAAAGGACAAAGUGAAUGAACGAAAGUUACCUAGAAAAUACAAAGAUUUCUCUAUAGAAGAAUUACCGUUUAAUUUGAGGCUGUAUCACUUUUUAUUUAAGUUAGUUUUCGCGUAAUGUAAAUUUAUAAUAUAGAUAGCGUUUGCAAGUUGAUCAUCUAUUUAAUUGUAGCUAUUUAAUGUAACAAUUUCCAAUGGAGAAUUUUCAUUAAAUAAAAAUCUUUAAAAGUUGGAAAAA